AUGGACUUCAUUGACCCCCCACUCUAUUACGCCCUCAUCCUAUUGUUCUCUGCCUCCUAUUACGCCAAUCUAGCCUCAUGCAGGCCUCACAACAACUUCACUGACGUCCAAUCCCUGUUAGCCUUCAGAGAUCGAGUCAUAGAUCGAAACGGCAUUUUGGCCACCAACUGGACCACCGACACCUCCUUCUGCAGCUGGAUUGGCGUUCAAUGCAGCCGUCGUCGCCAGCGAGUCUCAGCCAUUCGCCUUCCUGGCUUCGCCCUCGGCGGCGCAAUCUCUCCUCACGUCGCGAAUCUGUCUUUUCUUUCUGAACUAGUCCUCAGCAACAACUCCCUUACCGGUCCUAUCCCUGAGGGCUUGGAUCUCAAAAGUCUCAUACUCGAAAGUAAUUUUCUGACGGGUAAUCUCCCUUCGACAAUCUUCAAUAUCACUCCACUUGUCAACAUGUAUGUUGGAUCCAACAAUCUUUCAGGUACUCUCCCCUUGAACAGUAGCUUUACUGCACUCCCUAGACUAAGAAACAUAUCCCUUAGCUCUAACCAUCUCACUGGUGAUAUCGUUCUGUCUGCUUUUGCUCUGUGUCCCGAACUCCAAAUGCUUUCUCUGUCUGAAAAUCACUUUGUUGGAGGCGUACCGGAUGAUAUUGAUAGCUUGUCCGGGCUCAAAUUUUUAUAUCUCGGUAAAAACCAACUUAGCGGGACCAUUCCAGCUUCGUUAGGCAACCUCACGGAGCUCACUGAACUCGAUCUAGAUCGGAACAAGCUAAGCGGAGUGAUUCCAGAGGAGCUUGGAAAUCUACACAAUCUGCAAUAUCUUGCAUUGCAAUUCUGCAACCUGAGUGGGUCGAUACCGAUUGGUUUGCUCAACUGUUCCUUGCUCAACUUUUUUGAUCUUAGUUACAAUGAGCUCACUGGUCAUGUACCUGUAGGAAUAGGGAAGUCACUUCCUCUUCUCAACUGGUUUAAUGUUGGUAGCAAUCAACUAGGUGGCAAUCUCGAAUUCCUCGAUUCCCUUUCUGGAUGUAGGAAUCUAGAGUUCCUUCAAAUAUGGGAAAACAAGCUGGAAGGUGCACUUCCAGAUUCCAUCGGGAAUCUCUCAUCAAGUCUGCAACUCUUCCUGGCUUUCGAAAACAGUAUAUCGGGUAACAUUCCCUCUGCAUUGGGAAAUUUAAGUGGCCUUACCUUUAUGUCACUGCAUAUGAAUGAGCUCACCGGGUCAAUACCAUCGGCUAUCACAAAGUUGCAUAGCCUUCAGUCGCUGGUUCUCGCCUUCAAUAGAAUAAGCGGCUCAAUUCCACCGGAGAUAGGUCUAUUGACAAACUUGAAUGUCUUGGACCUGCACUAUAAUGCAGUCACCGGGUCAAUACCAGAUACAAUUGCCAACAUCACCAAGAUCCAACAUUUGUGGCUACAUAGUAAUAAAAUGUCAUCGACAAUUCCUGAAAGCCUAUGGACACUAAGCAGCCUCCUUGAGUUAUAUCUAUCUGAAAAUACACUCAAUGGCUCACUUUCUCCACAGGUUGGAAACUUGAAGGAACUGACUUUCUUAGACCUAUCCAUGAAUGAAUUAUCAGGUAACAUCCCUAGUGCUUUAGGAGCGCUUCAAAUGCUUACCGAUAUGGACUUGUCUAGAAACUCACUGCAAGGUCAAAUUCCAAACACGUUCAAUCAAUUAUUUAGCGUCAUCAAUUUGAACUUGUCACACAACUUUCUUUCGGGGCUUAUACCAGAUUCUUUGGCCAACCUCUCUUAUCUUGAUAGCCUUGAUCUUUCUUUCAAUAAGUUAGAAGGAAGAAUUCCAAAUGGUAGAGUAUUCUCGAAUCUCAGCAUCUCUUCUUUGAUUGGAAAUCAAGCGCUCUGUGGAGCACCUUCAUUAAGAUUUCCACCUUGCUCUAAAAAUGUUGCCACUAAUAGUUCGACGAGAAAAUUGAAGUUGCUGAAAUAUAUUCUACCAUUUACUGCUUUUGGUAUUAUCCUUGCUUGUUUGGGUCUUACUUAUAUAUUCAAUUGGAAGAGGAAGGCAAAGACUUCGGCUAAAGCUGAUGACGCACAUUUACAUGAUAAUAGAGUAAUUUCACAACGGGAAUUACUUCGAGCAACAUCCAACUUCAGUGAGGCCAACUUACUGGGAAGAGGAGGCUUCGGUUCAGUGUGUAGAGGAUGCCUUGAUGACGGGAUGCUCGUAGCAGUAAAGGUCUUGAAUUUGGAAGCGGGAGGGGCCUUAAAGAGUUUCGAUGCGGAAUGCCAAGUUUUGAGGACGGUUCGACACAGAAAUCUCAUCAAAAUCAUCAGCGUGUGCUCCACUAUAAACUUUAAAGCUCUCAUCCUCCAAUUUAUGUCCAAUGGAAGUCUUGACAAAUGGUUGUACUCUGGUAACUACUUCCUGAAUCUCCCCCAAAGAUUGAACAUAAUGUUGGAUGUGUCCUUGGCUCUAGAGUACCUUCACCACCACCAUCCACAUGUCGUGCUACAUUGUGAUUUGAAGCCUACAAAUGUUUUAUUAGAUGAGAAAAUGGUAGCGCAUGUGAGCGACUUUGGCAUUGCAAAACUUCUCUUUGGUGAUAGUAGCUCCAUAAUAUCAGCAAGUACACCGGGCACCAUAGGCUACAUAGCUCCAGAGUACGCAACUACAGGUGCUGUGUCUAGAAUGGGUGAUGUCUAUAGCUUCGGUAUUCUACUACUGGAAACAUUUACACGGAAAAAACCAGUUGAUGCCAUGUUUGCUGGAGAAUCAAACUUGAGAGAAUGGGUAUUGAAAGCAUACCCAAGUGCAGUACUGGAUGUUGUAGACUGCAAUCUCCUGUAUGAUUAUUCUAACCAUGACGGAUAUGCACAAGACAGAGCAACCGUGCACUUGUGUUUAGUGGCCAUCAUCGAAUUAGGACUUUUGUGCUCAAAUUACUCUCCGAGGGAAAGGAUAUCAAUGUCAGACAUGGCCACAAGACUUAUGAAGAUAAAAAUGGAACAUUUUUCAAAUUUUCCAAAUUAG